UUUAGCUCUGACCAAAAACUAUUCCCAAAUUUUAGGGUGAUGUUUCAUUCCGACGGAUGCGAGGUAAAAAUGAAUGCAUGCAUAGUUGUAUGCUUUCAGCCUGCGUCAGGGACUCUGCUCGUCUUGGCCAUGAGGGGUGAUUCUCGGCAAUCAUUAAUACAAUCGAACCUAGACUUAGGUGAAUUAAGCUACAUACUCUACCGCCAACACCAGAAGUUCACUGUAUAAGAAUAGGAAGCUUUUCCGAUGGCGUCUGCAUCGAUAAUGUUGUGCUCCAAUGUUAUUGGCGGAGGUUCAACCAACAACAAAUCGGCUGGAGCCUACUCGUUGUCUUCAUCUUAACGCAUCAGCAUGGAGGCGCACUCCAUUCAUCUCUACAGAAGUGUCCGAGUGGCAGUGAUACAGCCUGACGGAGCUUUGCUGACAACGGAGGGCAAUGAACAGCAAAUUCUAUUCAUUAAACAUGACGGAACAUUCGGUGGAACAGGCCAUGUUGCUACCUGUAUUAUGCAACACGAAAUGACCAGUAUCCGAGCGGAAAUCAUUCGCUUUUCUGCCUAUUCCGUAUGUAACUACGUUUGGAGGUUGAACACCGAUCAUUUCAAAUUACGAGUGAAGUUCACAUCUCCAUGGCAACCCUUUGCUCAGCUGGAUUGGAUCCCAUCUCCAGAAGGGUACGGGUUAAUAGCAACUGCCUCCUUCUCUCGUUUUCCCGGUGAGGUGGCCGUGCGGAUGGGCCCAUCAGGCCGGGCGGUAGGCACAGCUACUCAAACUCUCAUCGCUGGCCACGGCUCGCCCAUGACUUGUUCAAUCAACAUCGAUAUCUCGGAGGACGAUUUGAUCGUCAUUUUCCAGCCAGACGAUCCAACUUUAGCCCCCGUGCUGUCCCAAAUAUUCACAAGACCGCCCUUCGAGUGGAAUACAGAGACUGUCCAGCCGGAUCCCUACUACACCAAUGACUCUCUCAGCAUGCCAGAACAAAAUAAUAUGGGUUAUGCACCUGAAGCAGAAAACCACAGUGGAAUCUGCUUCCCAUAUCGCAGCAGCGUUAUCUCUCCUUUCGAACCAGGACCCGGCCAGCAAAGUUGCGUUUCAGAUCAAUACCAAUUGCCCUAUGCAGAUAAAUCCAGUCCAGCUUCUGGAUCGACACUCAGCAUCGGCUCAGAAGAUCAAAACAGUGCACAGUUCACCACCAUCAACAGUGCUGGCACCCACCAUGAUACUCUUGAUGACCGUUGCAUCGUCGUCAAACAGCUGCCGUAGAUCAAUGAGGGCCGGGGGUGAGGGGUUGUUCAAUGCAAUAUACUGAUCGGUACAAAUAACUGAAACGACGGUCAUCAAUUCGUCUCAAACCCUUCGAUGUAUAAGGUGGGAGUCAAAUAUGGAGCCAUUUCUGGCGCUCGGCUAAGCACACACUGGUUGCGCUGAUAAACCAUUUCGAAUGCAAGAGAUGCUACCCAACCAAGAAGGCCAACAUUUGUUUCAAUGACACUCUAGCUCCACAUGAUUAGCUUAUCAGACUAUGAAGUAAUUUAU